CUGUGACGCGCUCUCCGUGCGCCCGGCUCCUCCUCCGGCGUCGCGUUUGCACCGGAGGAAGCGUGCUUGUGCCAGCCCGGACCAUGCCAGCAGGACCGAAGGGGAAAGAAAGCGGGAUGGAGAAAGCCGGAGGGGUCUUCGGGGGGCCGAUCCUUGAUCCAGUGCGUAGCUUCGAGCGCUGGAAAAAGAAACACGUCAAGCGCAAGCAGAAGCUUCAGCGCAAGCAGAAAAAGCGGCCCGAAUGGGAGCUGGAGAGGGAGCGGAUCGCCGGGUUGGAGCAGCGCUACUCGGAGAUCAGUGCAAAUGAAAUUGUACGAUUUUCAGAUUUCCCUUUAUCCAAAAAAACACUAACAGGUUUGCAGGAAGGUCAGUAUCGGAUGGUGACUGAAAUCCAGAGGCAGACUAUAGGCUUGGCGUUACAAGGUAAAGAUGUGCUGGGAGCUGCAAAGACAGGAUCAGGAAAAACGCUGGCUUUCAUUGUACCUGCUCUGGAAGCAUUAUACCGCCAGCAGUGGACUCCUAUGGAUGGGCUUGGAGUUCUGAUCAUCUCACCCACUAGAGAACUGGCAUAUCAGACUUUUGAGGUUCUGCGUAAGGUGGGGAAGAACCACGAUUUUUCAGCAGGUCUUAUCAUCGGUGGAAAGGAUCUGAAACAAGAAUCAAACAGAAUCCACAAUAUAAAUAUACUCAUAUGUACUCCUGGUCGGCUUUUACAGCACAUGGAUGAAACAUCAUAUUUCCAUGCCUCUGAUCUACAAAUGCUAAUACUUGAUGAAGCCGACAGAAUUUUGGACAUGGGCUUUGCUGAUACGAUGAAUGCAAUCAUAGAAAACCUUCCCAAGAAACGACAGACUCUGCUGUUCUCAGCAACGCAAACCAAAUCUGUGAAGGACCUGGCGCGGUUGAGCUUGAAAGAUCCGGAAUACGUCUGGGUGCAUGAAAAAGCAAAGUUCAGUACCCCAGCAACUUUGGAACAGAACUACGUUGUGUGUGAGCUGCAUAAAAAAAUCACCAUGUUGUAUUCCUUUCUGAGAAGUCACCUGAAUAAGAAGAGUAUUGUAUUUUUUGCAAGCUGUAAAGAGGUUCAGUAUCUCUUUAGAAUGUUCUGCCGCCUUCGACCUGGCCUACCCAUACUGGCCCUUCAUGGAAAACAACAGCAGAUGAAAAGAAUGGAGGUCUAUCAAGAUUUUGUGCGCAAGAAAUCGGCUGUUCUCUUUGCUACAGAUCUUGCAGCUCGGGGGCUAGAUUUCCCUGCAGUGAACUGGGUCAUUCAGUUUGACUGUCCAGAGGACGCAAAUACUUACAUUCACAGAGUCGGGAGAACAGCCAGGUACAAGGAAGGUGGAGAGGCCCUGCUCAUUCUGCUUCCUUCAGAAGAACCCGACAUGGUUCAGCAGUUAUCACAGAAGAAAGUUCCAGUCAACCACAUCAAAAUCAACCCUGAGAAACUUGUGGACAUCCAGAAAAAGAUGCAGUCCUUCUUAGCUCAAGAUCAAGAGCUGAAAGAGAGAGCACAAAGGUGUUUUGUUUCCUAUCUGCGAUCCGUCUACCUAAUGAAGAACAAAGAAGUAUUUGAUGUAUUCAAGUUACCCAUCACUGAAUAUGCCUUCUCCCUUGGACUUGCAGUGGCUCCUCGCGUGAGAUUUCUCCAGAAAGCCCAAAAGAAAAUGCUUGAGAGUGAGCCUGAAAGAGAAAGCCUUUCUCAGGAGACAGAGCAGUCUGAAGAUGCAUGUCUUCCUUUCAGCAAUGAAGAAGUAGAGCAAUGCAGAGCACACUUCAGUGAAACAGUAACGUUGAAAGGAGAGGAGAACAAAGAGCACUCCAGCAACAACAGCGAAGCCGAGGACGACACUUCGCAGGGGCCAUCUGAGGCAGAAGAGGAGCCUGUGACAGGCAAGGGUUCAAAAGCUGAAUGCAUGCAGUUUUUUGAAGAGAGUGACAGCGAUGAUGACAAUCUGAAGAACCUCGCUGUUUUGACUGUGAAACGGCGGAAUGUCUUCGGCUUGGAAUCGGGAGACAGUGUAGCUGUGGCUGCAUCAAAUUCAAAGUUGAAGAAGAAAAUAACUAAAACAAAAGAAGCAAAAAAAGUCUUGAAGAGAAAAUUUAAAGUAAACACGAAAAUCGUAUUUACUGAAGAUGGGGAGUUAAUUCAGCAGUGGCCACCAGCACAGAAAUCUGUUCAAGACACAGAAGAAAAAGAUGACAAUUCUGGUGGAAUUGAUCUAGACAAAGCAAAAGAGAGACUACAGGAAGAGGACAAAUUUGACAAAGAGGAUUACAGGAAGAAAAUUAAAGAAAAACACCGGGAGAAGAGAUUAAAAGAAAAGGCAGCAAGAAGGGAAGCCAGAAAGAGAAAUGCAAAGGUUGAAGAGGAAGAUGUAGCCUUUCUGGAUCACAGUGAAAGUGACGAAUUUGAUCCAAGUACCCUUCCAGACCCUGAUAGAUAUAGAGACUCCGACCAGACUGAACCAGAAAGCUUUGAUGAGCUUGGAACAAGCAAGCAGCGUUUCGGUGGAAGCACGUCAGCAGUGGAGAUGGCACCAAAAAGAAAGAAGAUGAAACUUAGCCAAGAAGACUCAUUUGCACCAUUAGAUACAGGCCUUUCCCUUGCAGAGGAUGAGGCACUAGUAUUACAUCUGCUCAACAGUCGCAGCUAAUUUCCCCUCAUUCCCACUCUUAUUCCAAAGCCUUGCUUGUCCUCAUAUCAGAAAAGCAACAGACAAACUCAGUUCCAGUGACUGGUUAUUGAUAGAUGAAUGUCGUGAACUGUACACUUGUGUGCGAUUAUGGUCCUUCUUGCAAAUGGCGCAUGACAGAUUUGGUUCUAGAUGCAAAGAUCUCUAGACCAGACUAUCUUCCAGAUCUUCCUCUGGUGUUUUUCUAAACAGCGCCUCAAACAUUGAUGAAACUUUAAAGAUGAGGAAAAAACAUUUUAAAGUGUAAUAUUGCUUUCUAUACAGAGACCUUGAUAUUUCAAAGGGUGACGAGCCUUUCCUAUUUUGAGAGCCUUGCUGUAAGGUAAUAUGACUAAAAUGGCUUUAUGAAUGAAUAAAUUUUUCAGAAUGUUGA